CCCGAUAUUGCAUGGGGGAAACGUUCUCGUGUUGUGCUGGAUGUUGGAUGUGGAGUUGCCAGCUUUGGAGGUUUUCUCUUUGACAAAGAUGUGCUAACCAUGUCGUUAGCUCCAAAGGAUGAACAUGAGGCUCAAGUGCAGUUUGCUCUUGAACGAGGGAUUCCAGCCAUAUCUGCUGUAAUGGGAACCCAGAGGCUGCCUUUUCCUGGAACUGUUUUUGACAUUGUCCAUUGUGCUAGGUGUAGGGUUCCCUGGCAUUUAGAAGGUGGAAAGCUCUUGUUAGAACUGAACCGUGUGUUGCGUCCUGGAGGUUACUUUGUAUGGUCUGCCACUCCAAUCUACCAGAAGCUUGAUGAAGAUGUUGCAAUCUGGAACGCCAUGUCUAAACUGACUAAACAAAUGUGCUGGAAACUUGUUAAGAAGGAAAAAGAUGCAGUGAAUUUGGUUGGUAUAGCUAUAUAUCAGAAGCCAUUUUCUAAUGAGUGUUAUGAACAGAGGUCACAAAAUGAACCCCCAUUGUGUGAGCAAUCUGAUGAUCGUAAUGCUGCCUGGAAUGUCCCCUUACAAUCAUGCAUGCACAAAGUACCAGAAGGUGAAACAGAACGAGGGUCUCAGUGGCCAGAGGAAUGGUCGGCAAGAUUGCAGAAGGCACCAUACUGGUUAACUGGUUCGCAGGUUGGUGUUUAUGGAAGGUCAGCCCCUGAAGAUUUCACUGCAGAUAAUGAGCACUGGAAACGUGUGGUUAGCCAAUCAUACCUCAAUGGCAUGGGUAUCAGCUGGUCUAAUGUGAGAAAUGUGAUGGAUAUGAGAGCUGUUUACGGAGGAUUUGCUGCAGCUCUGAGAGACUUGAAAAUCUGGGUCAUGAACGUGGUGACCGUUGAUUCACCCGAUACACUUCCUAUUAUUUAUGAACGUGGUCUCUUCGGGAUUUAUCAUGACUGGUGUGAGUCAUUCAACACGUAUCCUAGAUCUUAUGACCUCCUCCACGCCGAUCAUCUCUUCUCCAAAAUAAAAAAGAAGUGCAACAUGCCAGCCUUGGUUGUGGAGGUCGAUAGGAUCUUAAGACCUGAAGGUAAGAUCAUCAUCCGCGAUAAUGUUGAGAUCAUUAACGAGUUGGAGACGAUGUUUAGAUCUAUGCAUUGGGAAAUCCGGAUGACUUAUUCCAAGGAUAAGGAAGGAUUGUUGUGUGCCCAGAAAACAUUUUGGCGACCCAAUGAAGUUGAGACCCUGGCUUAUGCUCUCGUAUAAGCAACCAUUUGGACCGCCUGAAGCAUUGUUCCGUCAAGCCACACAGUUCGAUUAGAUAUUCUUUUUGUUCUUUAGUUUGUCAAUUGUGAUUUGUAGUUAAAUUAAAUUUUUUGCUCCCUUUCCCAAAAAAAAAAAAAAAAAAGAAGGAUGUUCCUGGCCAUUCUGGGGUUCAGUCAAUCUUAUGUAGAAGGCUGAAAAUUUUUAAUGUUAUAUUGGUUCUCUGCAAAUUUGUAGCCACGAAACUAAUGAAAUGUUGAUAAUAUUGUAUCCAUAUAAUAGAAGAUGGCUUCUUAAAGCACAAAUCAAA